UCGAGCUGACCAGCAGUGGUCACCAGUCAUCACUCAUCAGAGUGGUGGGCACUACUACGAGCUUCGAGGGAGCUACGGUUACUCUUCCUCCGAACUACGAUCCGAUCCUCUGCUUGCCGUACGUAGUACGGUGCUCUGUUUCUUGGUGGCACCACCAUGGUGGUCCUCGCGCCGGCGUUCGACCAAAUCUCGCUGGUGAGGUCCCCGGAGCCCGGAGGCGCCUCCUCCUCCUUCUUCCCCGGCGUGCCGGCCGUCGACCUCUCCGGCCCCGGCGCGGCCAUGGCCGUCGUGGACGCGUGCGAGCGGUUCGGGUUCUUCAAGGUCGUCAACCACGGCGUGCCAAUGGGGGUUGUGGAUAGGCUGGAGGCCGAGGCCGUGAGGUUCUUCGCCAAGCCGCAGGCGGAGAAGGACGCGUCCGGCCCCGCCAACCCGCUCGGGUACGGGAACAAGCGCAUCGGGCGCAAUGGCGAUAUGGGGUGGCUCGAGUACCUCCUCCUCGCCGUCGACCAGGCCUCCGUCUCCAAGGCCUCCCCUGUCCCGUCGUCCUCGCUGCGGGACGCGAUGAACGAGUACGUGGGCGCCGUGCGCGGUGUGGCGGCGUCGGUGCUGGAGGCGGUGGCGGAGGGGCUCGGCGUCGCGCCGCGGGACGCGCUGAGCAGGAUGGUGACGGGCGCGGCGAGCGACGGGGUGUUCCGGGUGAACCACUACCCGCCGUGCCCGCUGCUGCAGCCUCCGGACUCGUGCAGCGACGGCUUCGGCGAGCACACGGACCCGCAGCUGGUGUCCGUGCUCCGCUCCAACGGCACGGCCGGGCUGCAGCUCGCGCUCCGCGACGGCCGGUGGGUGCCCGUGCCGCCCGACCGCGACGCCCUCUUCGUCAUCGUCGGCGACUCACUGGAGGUUCUGACGAAUGGGAGGCUGAAAAGUGUGCGGCACCGGGUGGUGGCCAACAGCCUGAAGCCGCGGGUGUCCAUGAUCUACUUCGCGGGGCCGGCGCCGGCGCAGCGGAUCGCGCCCCUGCCGGAGCUGCUGGGGCACGGCGAGCAGGGCCGCUACAGGGACUUCACAUGGGGCGACUACAAGAAGGCCGCCUACCGCUCGCGCCUCGGGGACGACCGCCUGGACCCCUUCCGCAUCUAGACGACGACACCACCUGUCGCCGGCUCCAGCGAACAGCUCGGGGCCUCCGUGCUCCAAGAGAUCACUGGAGGACACCAGGGAGCCAGUACGACCGAUUGGUGAUUGCCCAUGGACCAGGAAGGGAGGUAGGUGGGUAGGGUUAGAUACGGAGACAGGUGUGCUCUGUUGGAUUGGAUUCUUCCUCUCGCAUGCAAGCUUUUGUGUUGCCAAUGCCAAGUGUACAGCAAAUGUGGUACUACUGGCUACAGAGAGCUUUGUGGUGCCUCUGGGCUUGAUGCUGUGUGAAUGUUAUGAGUGUUUUUCUAUAUAUAUAUGGUAUGUACCUUUUCACUGUUUGUUGUACUGACCUAAUGAAUGUCUAAAGGAUGAGGAGUACUACCUGGGAUUGGGCAAAUUUGGCAAGAGCUAAA